GAAGAAGAAGAAGAAGAAGCAGAAGAAGAACCCGCGUAAAGCAAACCUGUUGUCUUUCAGCGGCUGUUUGUGAAACAAAUCUCAUUCACCUCAUUAUGUUGAUAAACCCUGAGGAGAAAGCCCUGAUUGGUCGAGUGUUUGAAACCUAUCUGACAGAGCAUCAUCGCAAUGACAUCCACCAGCUCAUUACAAAUAUGAAUGAAGACACUCAUCGCUCUGUUGUGGUUAAUGCCAUGACAUUGUUUGAAGCCAAUAUGGAGGUUGGGGACUAUUUCAACGCGUAUCCAAACGAUGUCUUGGCUGUAUUUGAUGAAGUGUUACAGAAAAAAACUUUGGAACUAGCAGAUGAUGCGUCUCUGAAAGACAAACAAGGAUCCAUACAAAGAAGCAAGAGGCAGAUAUACCACACACGCAUCACAGGUCUGCCAGUGUGUCCAGAACUUACUAGACAUACUAUCCCAAGGUCCAGAGAUGUGGGGCAUUUUCUGUCUGUGACGGGUACUGUCAUACGUACCAGCGUGGCUAAGGUUCUGGAGUAUGAACGUGAUUACAUGUGCACAACGUGCCGUCAUGUUUUCAAGGUGCAGGCUGAUUUUGACCAAUUUUAUACCUUUGUCCAACCGGUGGGCUGCCCAAAUCCUGUUGGCUGUAAUUCCUUUAAAUUCAACUGUCUGUCUGGAGGAUCUGAGCCUGCUGCCUGUAGGGACUACCAGGAACUCAAGAUACAAGAGCAAGUGCAGAGGCUGUCAGUGGGCAGUAUUCCUCGUUCUUUAGUAGUUGUUCUGGAGGAUGACCUUGUUGACAGCUGUAAAUCUGGUGAUGACGUAACGGUUUAUGGCGUGAUGUGUCUUCGUUGGAAGCCCUUUCAUGAUGGUUCUCCUUGUGAUGUGGAGUUGGUCCUGAGAGCCAACAACAUAGAAGCAAAUAAUCAGCAGGCUGCUGCUGCUUUGUUGGUUAGAGAUGUUCAGAAAGAAUUUGAAGAGUUCUGGGACAGCUGCAAGCAUAAUCCACUGGCUGGUCGGAAUGAGAUCCUGUUGAGUCUGUGUCCACAGGUUUUUGGCAUGUACGUAAUUAAGUUGGCUGUGGCAAUGGUGCUGGCUGGUGGGGUGCAGAGAAUCGACUCUUCUGGAACCAAAGUUAGGGGAGAAUGCCAUAUGUUGCUGGUUGGUGAUCCUGGUACCGGGAAAUCUCAGUUUCUGAAGUAUUCAGCCAAAGUUAUAUCCCGAUCUGUACUUACAGCUGGAAUUGGAUCAACCAGUGCUGGCCUGACAGUUGCUGCAGUAAAGGAUGGAGGCGAUUGGCACCUGGAAGCUGGAGCCCUGGUCCUGUCCGAUGGUGGUUUGUGCUGCAUUGAUGAAUUCAGCAGCAUCAAGGAACAUGAUCGCAUCAGCAUUCAUGAAGCUAUGGAGCAACAGUCAAUCAGCGUAGCCAAAGCUGGAAUGGUGUGCAAGCUGAAUACUCGAACUACCAUCUUGGCAGCUACUAAUCCUAAAGGACAGUAUGAUCCCAAGGAGCCUCUCUCUGUUAAUGUGGCCCUGGCUAGUCCUUUGCUUAGUCGUUUUGACCUGGUUCUGGUUCUGCUAGACACCAGAAAUGCUGAGUGGGACUGUAUCAUCUCCUCUUUUAUUCUCGAGGACCGAGGAAUACCUUCUGAGGCUAGCGGGCUCUGGUCCAUGGAGAAAAUGAAAGCUUAUUUUAGUGUGAUUAAACAGCUGCAGCCACGGGUGUCUGAGGAAGCCAAUUGCAUCUUGGCUCGUUAUUACCAGCUACAGCGCCAGCGGGAUGCUCACAAUGCCGCCCGCACAACUAUCCGCAUGCUGGAGAGUCUGAGCAGACUUGCUGAAGCACAUGCCAGGCUCAUGUACAGAGACACGGUCACCAUUGAAGAUGCUGUUACUGCUGUGUCAGUCAUGGAAUGCUCCAUGCAGGGCGGUGCUCUCCUGGGAAAUGUAAACGCAAUGUUAACAACGUUCCCCACUGACCCUCUUCAACAAUAUCGAACCCAGUGUCAGAUGGUACUGGAAGGACUGAACCUACCUGUCCUCCUUCAGAGUGAGAUGAACAGACUGAUAUGGCUAAGGACCAACACCCAAGAGAAGCUUAACUGUGACCCAUCACUUACCACAUACCAGCAUCAACUACAAGGUUUAGUCUCCAUCAACGAAACUCGUAACUCUGAAAUCUCCAGUAACAAAAAGAGUUGUUUAUCAGUGGAGGGUGCUUUGGACCAGCUCCUUGCCAUCAGUCCAUCACUGUCCCCAGAUGAUGUGAUCCUACCCAUAGUUACAUCAACUCAAGGAAAUAUGAAUAUACCCGACCAAAGUUGCUUAGGCUCAUCAGCAAUAAUCACAGAACAAAGCACAUUUGAUAAAAAACAACAGAUACACCUGCCUGGGACAAAGGGUGAUAAUGCUCUGGUAAGUGAAAAGACGGUAGCUGAAGCCAGAAUAUGUACAGACCUGCGUACAAAACUGUCAGCAUUUAUUUUCAAACCCAGGGAAAAGAAAACAUCUGACCAUGUUAGUAUUGGAGCAGAAAUAUUAAGGAAAAAAGGAAUAACAAUGCUUAAGCCAAUUAGUCACAAUGACUUAGCCUGUGAACUGCCACUGGCAAAGAAGAGAAAACAAAUGGAAAAUGCAGAUGAUUGCCAGUCAGAAGGCUGCACAACCAAAUCUACAACAGCUCAGAUUAAUUUAGAAAAACGUCCUGAUGAAACAGAAACUUCUAAGAGCAAACAAAGGCAGUUAGAUCUUACUCAUGUCCCCACGCAACAUGUGAAACAUGCAAGUGAGGGUGGGGUAAAUCUGAGGAAAAGGAAGUGCUUUAAUAUGAGCCCUACACAAAGUAAUGGAUUCAAGCCGUUUCUGUCAGGCUUCUCUUUCCAGGGCUCUACUGACAUUUCGAGUGAUGUCCUUGACACUGACUGGGACCAAGAAUUUUCAAAGACAGCCAAAACCUGGGAUGGCUAACUAUUCACAUCAGUAGUAUAGCAAAGAAUGGGAUUUGUCUUUUCAUCUCAAAAAACUUCUUGGUACAAACAUUCUAAAAAUCCAUCAACAGAAAUUUUUUUACCUUGUUUUAUUUUACAUGUGAGUGUACACAGAGUCUGUUCAAUCACUUUUAUGUCAAAGUGUCUAUAAAAUAAAUACAAACCAUAAAAAUCUCUGAAACAUUUAAAACAUCUGUUUUUCUUGCAAACUUUCUUCUUGGAUUUCUGCUUUUGACCUAUGGGGAAGUGAGGUGUUAACAAAAUUACUGCAAUCCAAAAAUAAAACAGGGGAAAAGAACAAAAACGUGAAAAUUAUUUCUCUUUGUUAGCCAUUUUAAGUUUUUAAUAACUCUGACAAGGAUAUGUAACUUAUCUUAUGGCUUUUUUGCUUUCUACUCCAGUUAGUCACAAAGCAAGCUAGUGUGGUAUUUACACUUCAAAAAAAGCACGUGGAGAAGGAGACAAACUUUUAUUGCACUAAUGCAAAAUACAAUACCGUAAGUUCAACUAAAUCCCAGUUGCUGACCAUAUCUUUGUUGCACUGAAAGGAUAAAAAUUGAAUUGAAUUGAAGGAUAUGAGGACAUGAUCUAAUUUGUCCUCUAUUUUUUAUGUUUGCUUUGCAGUGAAACAGAAAGCAGAAACACUUUAAAGAAUAAAUUAACAAUGGUUGAUUUGGAGUUUUGCUGCUUUUACAUUUUCUCAAUGUUCAACUUCAAACAUCAACUGUACAAAAAAGGGCAGCGAGUGCACAAACAAAACAUCUUGGUAUCUCCCACUUCAUGUUAAACUGUCUGCCGGAGCCUUUGCGCUACACAGAGA